GGUCCGUUCCAUCAUUCCAUCAUAAGUUGUCGUUAGUCUGGCCCGACCGGCCCUGACUGAUCCCUUUGGUGACGUUUGGUAACAGGUUCGGUUCAGGACACUCCGUUCGUUCGUUCGUUCGUUUCACCAUGAUGCUGAAGCUCGUUGCAGUACUGCUGACGGUGUUGAGUGUGAUCGCAGCCCAGAAGCAUCAUCAGCAGCAACAGCAACAGCAUCAUCAGCAACAGCAUCACCAACAGCCACAGCAACAGCAGCAACAACCGACGACCGAUCCACGGUACAAGCAGAUCCCGAUCGUCAACGUGGAGAACGUGCUGGAGGUCGACGGCAAGUUCCGCUACAGCUACGAGGGUGGUGAUGGUACGCGGGCCGCCCAGGAUGGUCAGCAGAUCGUGGUGAACAACCAAGUCGGCACCGCCUCCCAGGGCCAGUACACGUACCAGGGAGACGACGGUAAGACCUACUCGGUGACGUACAUUGCGGACGAAAAUGGAUACCGACCGAUCGGGGAUCAUCUGCCAACGCCACCACCAGUGCCGGCAGCCAUUGCCCGCGCCCUUGCCCAUCUCGCAACGCUGCCACCGAAGAUCGAGAACGGUCGGAAGUUCUAAAUCCCGGGGGUCAGACCUCAAACCUAACCGAAACCUUGCGUUUGAAGUAAAUAAACCGUUCCCCGUUCCUUUUCACCACCCA